CGAUAACAUCGCGAGUGGUAACAGGACAUUCGUAUCCGACAAUAUAAUACUAUGACCGACAUUCUGAGCAACGUACACAAUUCCGAUAAAGUGUCCGCCCUGAUCAAAGAGGCGGAAAGCCUGAAAUCUAAGUUGGAAGAAGAACGGCAAAAGUUGAACGAUGUUACCCUAUCGUCAGUAGCGGAUCGCUUGGAGUUGAUAAGUUAUUUAAACAUAAAACCGCGCCGUGUUCUCAAGGGUCAUCAGGCAAAAGUACUGUGUUCUGAUUGGUCUCCGGACAAACGUCACAUUGUAUCCUCAUCCCAGGAUGGUAAGCUGAUUAUUUGGGAUGCUUUCACCACUAACAAAGAGCAUGCAGUUACGAUGCCUACAACUUGGGUAAUGGGAUGUUCGUAUGCUCCAUCAGGCAAUCUGGUGGCUUGUGGAGGGUUGGAUAAUAAAGUAACUGUUUACCCUAUAACGCUGGAAGAGGAUAUAUCCGCAAGGAAAAAAACAGUGGGCACACAUACAAGCUACAUGUCCUGCUGUAUUUUUCCAAAUUCUGAUCAACAAAUUUUAACGGGUAGUGGUGACUCUACUUGUGCUCUUUGGGAUGUUGAAUCCGGACAGCUUCUGCAAAGCUUUCAUGGUCAUACCGGAGACGUGAUGUCCAUAGAUCUAGCUCCCAAUGAGACUGGAAACACGUUCGUAUCUGGAAGCUGCGACAAGAUGGCGUUCAUUUGGGAUAUGCGCUCAGGGCAUGUGGUUCAAUCUUUCGAAGGCCACCAGUCUGAUGUUAAUAGCGUUAAAUUUCACCCCAGUGGCGAUGCAAUCAGCACCGGGUCGGACGAUAGUACUUGUCGUCUUUUUGAUAUGCGAGCGGAUAAAGAGGUGGCCGUGUUCAACAAGGAUAGUAUUAUUUUUGGUGUGAAUUGUGUUGAUUUUUCUGUAAGCGGACGCUUAUUGUUUGCUGGAUACAAUGACUAUACUGUCAAUGUUUGGGAUACGCUCAAAGCACAACGAGUUUGUCUGCUGUACGGUCAUGAAAAUAAAGUUUCUUGUCUUCAAGUAUCACCAGAUGGCACGGCGUUAUCAACAGGAAGCUGGGAUUACACACUGAGGAUCUGGGCAUAAACCGAAAUCUCCAUCUAAUCAAAUGUUGGAACCAGUAUUAUUAGCUGAACAGUUUAUGAGUCAAGGCGCUUUGUGGCAAUAUAGCAAAGUGAACUACUAGUCUAACCGUAGAAUUGUUCCAGUACCUUUACUGAUCCAUGUUAGCCUAUAGGACGUUAUUCUGGUAAAAUGAAUGUCUAAGAAAAAUUUGCUUCACUAAAUUUUCAACACAUUCGAUGUACUCGUUGUGGUAAUGUACGAUUUUUAAAGCUUAAUUGUUGGUUCUGCAGUGAAAUUUCGAAAAAUAGAAAUAACUAAAGGCCUGUGGCGAUCUAUGUAAUAAACAAUACAAUCAAGUAGAGAUAA